AUGGAUCACAAGUCCUCGUUGGAUCGCUUGGCACAAAUCGCCAACAUCUCUCACGAACUCGCCGAGCUCAACCGCCAGAUCAAAGAAGAGAAAUCUCCAGAUUACCAUAUGAAUGGUGCUUCCUCAGCCAGUGGCAGAUCAAGGUCCCCAGAAGCAGCGAGAGCUUCAGGAGACCAUACACUCAAGCCGAAAAGACUAGCUUGUACCUCGUGUCGCCAGCAGAAACUGAAGUGUGAUGCCCAGGUCAGAGAUCCUCUUCCGUGCACUCGAUGUGAGAAGAAAGGUCUACAAUGUGUGGUGAAAGCAGACUUCAAGAGAACGGAGAAAAGGGCACGUUUGGCGCUGAUAGAAAAGGAGUUCGCAGAGUUGAAGAAAACAUUUACCAGUCAAAUGCCGCCAGAAAUGAUGCCUUCGGCAUCUUCAGCUUCUCCACAAGUAAACGCUUCUCAGACUGGGCAGCUGCUAUAUCAGAACAAGACGCCGGCUCCUGCUAUUCCUCCAGCGCCGAUGACCUCAAGUGUCUAUUCUGGUUUGCCCUCAGCUCAAAUCACGCCUCCUCUCCAGCCCACGCUGUCAAGAUUUCCCAAGCAGCUGUUUUUGAAUAUCAACCCUUCAGAGAAACCGUCCGAGGCACACCACUUCGUGGUGCCGCAACUGGCACUCAUUUGUGAAGAAAAGUCGCUUGGUUCAGUAACUCUACUGCCUCAAGACAUUGCACAGUUGUAUUUGCAUUACGUCAAAUGCUAUCAUCCUACACUCCCCGUGGUAGAAAUAGCCAGAGGACCAGAACGUAUCUAUAGACUCUGCCCUGCCCUCUUUUGGGUGAUUAUGUUUGUGGCACUGCGGAGAAGAGAUGACGGCGGCAGUCUUCUUCUUACAUUGCUGCCCUUGGUAAAAGACAUCCUUUCAGAAAUCACCAUCUCCCCUAUAAACAGGUAUCACCCAACCGAGGAGGACGAACCCAUCAUGAAUGCGUGCUCUGUCUAUUCCGUCCAGGCAUUUGUGUUAUACUCGAUUUGGCCGCCUUUGACGUCGUCUCUUAGCUCAGACUCCUCAUGGAACACUAUUGGUGUAGCUUUGUUUCAGAGCAUCCGCAUAGGACUCCAUUCUUCAGGUCAGGUUUUAGACCAGGCUCAGAGUGAAGAAAUCUCGCCCCAGCAGUAUGCCAUGGCUCAAGAACAAAUGAAAACAUGGAUUGUGUGUAAUAUUGUGUCGCAGAAUAUCGCCACAGUGUUUGGGUACCCUGCCUUUGUCCAAUUCGACUCAUUGCGCCCACAAUAUGUUGAUUUGCCAGUUGCCACGCGGCAUUUGAUGGAGAUUGCCCACUUUGAGGACCAGGUGGCUCGGUCCUUGACAUCUAACACCAGAGCUGAUUAUGGUGCCAACGUUAACGAACGUCUCUCUCUUAUCAAAGUGCUUCUACGCCAGCUUGAUCAACUUGAACUCAAGCUCACUCAAGACAACGUUCCAGAUAAUGGCUACAGAAAGAUCAAAUACAUCGUUGCUAGAGUGCAUCUCCUCACACAUUACUUUCUCGAUGCCACAAAUAUCCCACCUUUUGAGCUUUCCAAAGGGCUCGUCAGGCUUUACAACGCCGCGAUCUCUCUCAUUGAGUGCGUGAAGACACUCAUAUCUAUUGAAAAGGAGUUCGUCAAGUACAUGCCUGUGGUGUCGAUUCUAAAUAUCUGGCAAGCGUCUUUCAUCAUUGUCAAGCUCGCCCACUCUCCCCUUAAGUCGGUCCUUGAUGUGGAACAAGGCAAGCAAACAUACAUGAGCGCUAUCACCAUAGUUGCCAAGGCAUCUAUUUUGAAGCAUGAUGUGGCCUACAGAGCCAGCGGAAUAAUGAGAAAUAUGUGGCCGCUUUUCAAGACCCUAGAUGAGAAGCAGAUGACGACACUUUCGAUCAAAACAAGGUCACGCAAUGCUGCGUCGUUAUUCUUCGACUGUUUGUCCCUUCUUCGCGAUCAAGUCGGUAUGGCUCAGCUAAGUAUGCGAACAGAUGUCAGAGAUAAUGCGGAUGAUGAUAAUGACGAUGAGGUCAAUUCUUUUGGUGAAGACGAUGAAGAUGAUCACGCACUAUCCUCUGGGGAUGAAGAAUCGCCAGAAACACAAAGAAGGCACAGCAAAACACCUAGCCAAAAGUCGACGCCCGGAAGCAGUAGCUCCGGUAGAAAGCGCCGGCGGUCUCUUUCCAACGUGGGUGAUGCAGAAAGCAAGGCGAGAAAGAUCAUACGAACAAUUCCCUUGGACCCGCAGCCUAUUGCUGCGUCAAAGAGAAGCUCCAUAUUCAAAGUGGUGAAUACCAGCGCGGAAACCUCACCCAGUGUGAAGAAUGAGGAGCCUAAUUCCCGUAGCUCCAACUCUCCAGGAUAUUUGCGGAACGUUGCAAUGGCCAACAACGGGCACAAUCCCGCUACCCCACAAGUGGCCGGUAACGGACACAAGCCAAAGAUCAGCAAAGAAGCUUCAGACAUUUUUUUGAGCUUCGACGAGUCGCCUUCUCAGGGAGUUGGCAAUUUGGAUGUUUUUGAUGUAAAUAGUGACUUGCUCUGGAAAGACGUCGACAGUCUCAUGAACGAUUUUGGGUUCCAUACCUAA